ACAUACAGACUGGAGGAUGAAGAGGGUGCCGUGAUGAAAGACCUGUCUCUCGUGAAAACUGAAAGUGCAAUUAAUUUCAGCAUGAGCGUGGCGUCGACGGUGUGGAACGUGGCAGCUCUGCGGCAGUGAGCAGCAAACUGACACACAGUACGUGUUGUUGUAAGAAUAUUCUGCGGACGUGUGUCUGAGCAGCAUGUGAGCUUCCCAUUUUAGCUCUUAAGCAACAGCUUUGCACUUCAGAAAGGAAGAGUGCACCAAAGGCAAGAUUACAACAUGGGGGGAAACGUUUUAUUACUGUAGAGGAGGGAGGACACGUGAAGGAAACACACCAGCCCAACACAUGGCAGUUCACAGUGCAGUUAACGGGACCACCGCCAUCCCAUGGAGGAGCAGCAGGAAGAUGCUGACGCUCCUGGAGCAGCUGAAGGGCUGUCAGCAGGCCUGGUGCCCUGGAGCACCGUGGGACAGGGAGGGGGCCCACAGAGCUGUCAGUGGAACACCUACUGGGAGUUUCCUGAUCGUGCGAGACUCCGCGGCGUCGCAGCCCAGCGUGCUGUGCGUGUCUGGAGGAGAGAACGAUGCCGUGCUGGACUAUACCAUCAAAACCACAGGCACAGUUUUCCAGCUGUCUGACUCCCGCCUGUCUUUCUCUGACUUGGCUCAGCUGGUGUUCUUCUACUCUCUAACCAGGGAUGUGCUGGACGUUGCUCUGUCUAUUCCUAAGUGGAUCUACAGCGUAACUGACAAAAACAAAGGUCGUCUCUCUCAACUGGAACCAAAAACCUGGCUCUGCACUCCACCCGACCAGCGCGCCGAUGAAAUGACGCAGAAGGAGCCGAGCACUGCGAUGUGCUCCAUACAGCUGACCUCUUCCAACGGGGCCCUGUGCAUUAUCAACCCGCUCUACCUCCGUGAGCACGGAGACGAGUGGCUGACCCACCGCGUCCCCGCCUCGCAGGGCGUCGCGCUCAAGCGAGAACGCCGCAUCAGCAGCACCCGGGCCUGGGCCGGGGCCGGCAUCCAGUGUAAACGAGCCAUCUCACUGGACCAGGAGGGCUGUGCUGCCAGUGCAGAGGGCUCAGGUCUGACCAGAGCCCAGUCGGCAGAUUCCCCACACGGCCCCGAAGCAACAGCCGAGGAGGUCGGUGCUUCUACAGGCGUCGUCCUCAGGAGACCCAGCAGAGAAGAUGUCAGUACCCUUCCACAGAGACUGAGCACAGAGAGCCUGACUGUAAUGAGCCACUCCAACCGUGGGAGUCUGACUAGUUUAGGGUCGGAUGUGCAGCAUGGCAGCCCCGUGCCCAUGUCUCCUCACAGGGUGUCCUGGAUCGAGGACGGCGUCUGGCUCGCCCCCCCCAGGCCCUCCUCCCUGCUCCAGCCCCCCUCCCUGGAGCUGGACUCGCUGUCCAUCAGCAGCAUGGAGGAGGAGCAGGAGUUCCAGGCGUCGUCCAGCCCCUCACACCACCCGUCGGCGCACCGGCUGGCCGACAAAGUCAUCAAUCGCCUCUCGGCGGUGGGCCAGGUCCUGGGCGGCCUGGUGUGUCCGAAGCAAAGACUGAUCAACCGCGUGCAGGAGCUGAGCGAGCGCAAAGGCGGCUCGUUUGCAGACACCGUGAAGGGAUUUGUGGAGGCGACGCUGAAGAAAGGCGCGGACUCAGACGGGGCCACAGGCUCAGAGUUCUUACAGGAAGUGAGGUCGUCACUUACAACCUUGAGGGAAGCAUUGCUGGACUACCCCGAAAUCCAGACACUGUUGGACAGCAUUACGGACCUAAAUGAGUUGGAAAUAGAGUCACUGGUGGAGCUCUCCCUCCACAAAGUGGCUGUGAAGCCCAUCUCCGCACACCUCUACUCCUGCAUUAACAUCGCCCGGAGCAAAGACGGCACCUUCGAGCGUCUGCAGAGCAAGCUGCUCGUGCUGGAGAAGAACGAGGUGGAGGGCCUGGGGGGGUCGCCGGGGGUCGGCGUGCCCGACUGCGCCGCCCUCGACCGGAUCCAGCAGAGGUGGACGCGCAUGCACGAAGCCUACUCCCCAAACAAGAAGGUCCAUUUCCUGCUGAAAGUCUGCAAGAGCAUCUACGAGUGCAUGAGCGCUAACUCGAGCUCAGGUAAAGUGUUUGGAGCAGAUGAUUUCCUUCCCUGUCUGACCUGGGUGCUGCUCCGGAGCAACUUGAUCACCUUACAGAUAGACACAGACUACAUGAUGGAGCUGCUUGAUCCCACACAGCUACAGGGAGAGGGCGGCUACUACCUUACAACUCUAUACGCCGCCCUCUACUACAUCAGCAGCUUCCAGCCACGACUGGCCACUCGCCAGCUCAGCGUGGAGGCGCAGAACUCCAUCAACCAGUGGCACCGGAGGCGCACGCUGCACUGCGACCAGUCGAGGCGCAGCAAGAGUCGCCGCACCAUCCGCAGGCAGGCGUGUCGGGACCGGGCCUCGCAGAACCCGUCCACCGACCCCGAGGGCAGGGGCGAGAGCGAGAAGGAUGACGACUCCGUAGGCGCCGAUGAGGCACAGCAGGGGGCGGGAGGCGGCGCGGGUCUGCAGCCGCUCAGCGAAGAGAAGGAGGCGGAGCAGGAGGUUGGGGACGAGUCGCUGACGCCCUCUUCAGCAUCGAGCGCUCGGAUGCAGGACGUCAGGAAUAAACGAGCCGACAGCAAGACUCUAUGGGCAUGGGAGGACCAGCAAAGAUGACCUAACCCUAUGCAAUACAAUGUGUUAAACACUUGACUUCUAACACGAGGCCAAAGAAAUGUUAUAUUUAUAAUUCAGUCAUUGCAGGCAUGUUUUUGCAUGAUGAGGCUCUCAUCAAGCAAGAGAAAGCGGUUAAAAAUUCAGAGGAAGAAUUGGGAAACACUGGCCUUGACGAGUCUCAUUGUCAUUUUUCUAAAGUGUAUUCUGAAAGAGAAGGUUUUAUUUAAGAAAUUAUUAAUAUUAUUAUUGUUGUUGUUAUCCACUUUGCACAGAAAUGGCUAAGAAUAAAAAAAAUUGGCUUCA